AUGAACGGAAGCUUGCGAGUGCCUAAACGCACGCCAGACCGCUGCAGACGAUUCCAAGGCAUUCCACGCGACAAUCUGCAGUUACACCAGAGUCCCGGUCGUAUUCGGCGAAGACGAGUUCGUAUCAACGUAAGAGGCUUUCAAUUUGAAACGUUUCAAGCGACGUUGGAGCAAUUUCCAGAGACAAUGCUUGGAUGCCCAGCAAGACGAACAGAGUUCUAUGAUCCCGUGAGUGACCAGUAUUGCUUGGAUCGCGAUCCUGCCGCAUUCGACUUCAUCUUGUUUUUUUAUCAGUCAAAUGGCAUCCUUGCUCGACCUGAGACCAUUUCAAAGAACGCCUUCAGUGAGGAGCUCAAAUUCUUUGGAAUAACAGAACAAGACGAGGCGGAUGGUGGAAAAAGUGCUAAGGAUGUCCCCGAGACAUCCACAUCCAGUGAGAAUCAUGAGCUCUUAGCUGUGGAAAUCGCGCCGCCCGAAGAUGACCUACACUGCAACCGUCGUGCAAAAAAUCUGCGUACUAAAUGUUGGCUGAUGAUGGAAUACCCUCGAUCGAGCUUAGCGGGUAAGAUCUGGGGAAGAAUCUCCAUUACUAUUAUCCUAUUGUCGGUUUUUGCCUUUUGUUUGGAGACAAUGCCGGAGUUGAACUGUCCUAAAGAUAUAAUAAACACAACCAGCCUAGUGAAAAAUCAGUCAACACUCCAUAAAUCACCGGAACCAAUUAACAACGGGAGCUAUCAAAUGACAACAGGAACGUUCGUGACUAAUUUACAACAAUGUUCCUCAGCACGAACAUGGUUUGUGGUAGAAACGACUAUAGUUAUAUUUUUUCUGAUGGAAUAUCUGAUACGACUUUUCACCGCGCCGAGCAAAUGCAGUUUUGUUUUUUCGUUAUUCGGAAUAGUCGACAUGGCCGCUAUCGCUCCGUAUUUUAUAACCCUAGCAGUGCACGGUUGGCGAACAGAGAUGAAUCUCCAAGUGACCUCGUUCAGCGUUCUUCGUAUAGUCCGUCUCUGCAGAGUCCUUCGUGUUUUUAAACUCAGUCGCUAUAGCGACGGGCUAAAAAUCGUUGGAAAAACCUUUUCGGACACGUGGAGAACGCUGUCUUCUUUGAUGAUGUGUGUCUUAAUGGCAGUAGUUCUGUUUUCCAGCUUUUUGUAUUACUUUGAAGAAAGCAACGAAGCUAUCGGGAGUAUUGUAGAAAACUUUUACUGGGCUCUCGUCACCAUGACAACGGUUGGCUAUGGUGACAUAGUUCCCAGGACUCUGCUGGGCAAACUGACAGCAAGCGCUUGCAUGGUGUUUGGUAUAGUGCUGUUGUUGAUUUUACCUUUACCUGUGUUUGUCACACAUUUCUGCAGCCUUUAUGAAGAAAAAGCUGAUAAGAAAAGACAAAAUCAGCAAAGAGGGGCUUACGAAACUCCGACACUGCUUGAGAAGUUAAUGACAAAACGUUAG